AGGUAUGCUGGCUGUGGAUGGGAGAGGGAGGGAGGGAGCCCAGGCUGUAGCAGGGGUCAGCAAGGUAAGUAUCAUUGGUGUCAGCAGGAGGAAUAGUGCCCCAUCAUUGGUGUCAUUGUGGUGUCAGUGUGGGAGGAAUAGUGCCCAUCACUGGUGUCAGUGUGGAAGUAAUAGUACCCCAUCAUUGUUUUCAGUGGGAGGACUAGUGCCCCAUUGUUGGUGUCAGUGGGAGGAAUAGUGCCCCAUCAUUGAUGUCAGUGGGAGGAAUAGCGCCCAUCGU